CACCCAGCCGGGGGUGGGACCGCGGCCACCGCGCACCCACCACGGUCCCCGUGGGGCGCUGGGGGGGCGGGCGAGCCUCGGAGCUCCCGGCACCUGGGCAGGUGGUGGCUCUGUUCCGGGGUGGGGGGACCCCCCCCGAGUGGCGGCGGUAAACAGGAUACGAGCGGAGGCGGCGGGGACACAGCGGCAGCGUCACCCCCGCCCCGGGGACAGCCGCAGGAUGAGCGGGGGGGACCCUCCCCAGCGGCCCCGAGCUGCCUCUCCAGAUGCUGGCAUCGCUGGUGCACGCCCGGCACGCUGAGCCCCCCUUGUCCCCGGGCGGGCCGGACCCUCGGGGUGUCCCCGCCGUGUCCCCGGGCCCUGCCAUGGCUCUGGAGCCCGAGGCGCUGCUGGACCUGAGCUUCCUGACGGAGCAGGAGCGGAGCUCCAUCGCCGAGGUGCUGCGCCGGGACUGGCAGCUCCGGCGGCGAGAGCAGGGACGCAUCAGCAAACUCCGCAAGUCGGUGUCGGACCCGGCGCGGCUGCGGAGCCUCACCGGGGACUGGUUCUGCGACGCCCGCGCCCAGCGGCACCAGCAGCAGCAGCUGGGCUCCGACCUCGUGCGAGCCUCCAUCCGCCGCAGGAGGCGGCCCCGGGGAACGGGGGGCCUGGAACGCGGCCCCGGUCUGGGCGAGCUGGAGGCCAUUGAUGAGCCGCUGGCAGAGGAGAAGGAGGAUGAGGAUGGUGCGUUGGAGACGGACGAGAGCUCCCCCCCAGAGGAGGUGCAGGAGGCCACUGAGCCCCAGCCCGGCCCCCCCGCCCCGGCUGAGGAGGGGACCCCGAUGUCACAGGCGCUGCUGCAGGGUGACAACCUGCUGAGGGAGCGGGACAGCCCGGCCCAGCCAGGCGAGUCGGGAGCUGGGAGCGGCUUCGGCUCGUCCAGCACGGAGGAGGAUGAGGAGGAGCCGGACUCGGCUCAGGGCGACCACGCUGGGCAGAGACCAGAGACCCCCGAGCCGGAUCAGACCCCCCCAGCCCCUCUGUCCCCACAGAACGGCCACACUCCCCCGAGCCUGCUGAGCACCAGCUCCUCCGUGUCCAGCCUCAGCUCCUCCACGCUGAGCGGGAGCCUGAUGAGCCUGUACAGCGAGGGGGAGCUGGGCAGGGUGGCCGUGCGGGGCUGUGUCCAGUUCUCCCUGCGCUAUGACCCGGCCAGGAAGGAGCUGCAGGUGCACGUCCUGCGCUGCCGGGAGCUGGCCCAGGCCAGGAAGCAGCGCUCGGACCCGUACAUCAAGACGUACCUGCUGCCGGACAAGUCCAACCACAGCAAGCGCAAGACCGCCGUGAGGAAGAGGAGCUUGGAUCCCGUCUUCAAUGAGACCCUCAAGUACAAGCUGGAGAAGAGGGACCUGCAGGGCCGGACCCUGAACCUCUCCGUGUGGCACCACGACAGCCUGGGCAGGAACCUGUUCCUGGGGGAGGUGGAGGUCGCGCUGGGCUCCUGGGACUGGGCCAACACUCGCCCCGAGUGGUUCAGUCUCCAGCCACGGAUGCCCAUCCCCUCCGACGGCCUCGCCAGCCGGGGCAACCUCAACCUGGCGCUGAAGUUCCUCCCCGCUGGCUCGGAAGGAGGGGGGAUGCCGCCCACGGGGGAGCUGCACAUCUGGGUGAAGGACGCUCAGAGCCUCAUCCCGCUGCAGAGCGGCACCGUGGACGCCUUCGUGCAGUGCUACGUCCUGCCGGAUGACAGCAAGGCGAGCCGGCAGAAGACGCGGGUGGUGAAGCGGAGCCUGAGCCCCCUCUUCAACCACACCAUGGUGUACGACGGCUUCCAGGCCAAGGACCUGGCCGAGGCCUGCGCCGAGUUCACCCUCUGGCACCACGAAACCUUCUCCAAGCGCCAGCUGGGCGGCAUCCGGCUCAGCCUGGGCACCGGGAGCAGCUAUGGGCUGCCCGUGGGCUGGAUGGACUCGACGCAGGAGGAGCAGGGGGUGUGGAAGCAGCUGCUGCAGCAGCCCGGGCACUGGGUGGAAGCUCUGCUCCCCCUGAGGACCAACCUGGUCCCCCGGGUGUAGCCCCCAAGGAGCAGCUGGUGCCGGUGGGACUGAGGGGUCUGAGGGAUGGGGACCUGGGACUGUGCGGGCCGGGGUCUGUGCCCUCCUCUUCCAGCAGCAAUGAAGUGGCACCAGAGGGAACAUCUGGCGGCUUUUCCUUGCUGUGGGCACAUCUGGUGCCCGUUAAUUGCACAGGCCACCAUACCCUGACUUCUCCCUCCACUGUGGGGCUGCAGCUGCUGCGUCCCACUGCUCCCAGUGUGGGGCUGUGCCCUCCAGCACCGGCCUUGUCACAGCCCUGGCUGGGGUGAGGGGGUCACUGCUCUGGGGGAUGCCCCUUUUCCUACUGGGAUACCCCACACUGGGCUGUCCUGUCCCACUGGGACACCCACCCUGGCUCCCUGGCACUGGGCACUGCAGUCACCUGGGACCACCCACCAAUUCCACCCUGGGGCCAGGAACAGCCGAAUCCCCAGGGCUUUUUCUGCAACCAGAAUCUGCCAGGACAG